ACCAGUAACGGGACGAGAGCCGGCCCGACCCGACCGGACCGCAGCCGAGCGCGAGGUACCCGUACCCGAGUGUACUAUGUUGUGCCAGUGACGUCGGCGUCAAAGAGUGCAUCCGCGGACCAGUGAUUCCCUCGCUGCAUCGAGUGCCCUAUGGAUUUUGUGGAUACGCCCCGGCGCUAGCAGGACCGCCGCACCGCAGCAGCGCCUCCUCCAGCCCCCACGCCGAAGCUCUUCUUCAUGUGGCGUGUGCGUUGGCCAACGGCCCCGAGUGAGACAUGGUGAUCGUAACCAGGGGUGACUACAUCUGGAUUGAGCCGGUCUCGGGCCAUGAGUUUGAUGUGGCCAUUGGAGCAAGAGUGCAGAGUGCGGAGGGUCGUCGGAUACAAGUCAGAGAUGACGAUGGAAAAGAGCAAUGGCUCACGCCGGAGAGGCGCAUCAAGGCGAUGCAUGCCACCUCGGUGCAAGGGGUGGAAGACAUGAUAUCGCUUGGAGAUCUUCACGAAGCUGGUAUCCUGAGAAAUCUUCUAAUUCGUUACAAUGAAAAUCUCAUAUAUACAUACACUGGAUCAAUUUUGGUGGCAGUCAACCCAUAUCAGAUUCUCCCAAUCUACACUGCAGAGCAAAUUAAGCUCUACAAAGACCGCAAGAUUGGAGAGCUACCUCCCCACAUAUUUGCUAUAGGUGACAACAGCUACACUCAUAUGAAAAGAUAUGGACAAGACCAAUGCAUUGUUAUAAGUGGUGAGAGUGGAGCUGGUAAAACUGAAAGCACAAAACUUAUCCUCCAAUACCUGGCAGCUAUAAGUGGAAAACAUUCAUGGAUUGAACAACAAAUUCUGGAGGCUAAUCCAAUCUUGGAAGCAUUUGGUAAUGCUAAAACCAUUCGAAACGACAAUUCGUCUAGAUUUGGAAAAUAUAUUGACAUCCACUUCAACCAACAUGGUGUAAUUGAGGGUGCCAAAAUUGAACAAUAUCUGUUGGAAAAGUCCAGAAUUGUUUCUCAAUCACAAGAUGAGAGGAACUACCAUGUUUUUUACUGUCUCUUAGCUGGUCUUAGCAAAGAAGAAAAGCAGAGACUAGAGCUGGGUGAUGCUUCACAGUACCGUUACUUGACAGGAGGUGGCUCAAUAACAUGCGAGGGUAGAGAUGAUGCUGCAGAAUUUGCAGAUAUAAGGUCUGCCAUGAAAGUGCUCCUGUUUACUGAUCAAGAAAUCUGGGAAAUUUUAAAAUUACUUGCUGCUUUGCUACACAUAGGAAAUAUUAAAUAUAAAGCAUCAGUCAUCGAUAAUUUGGAUGCUACAGAAAUUCCUGAUUUGACUAAUGUUUUACGGGUUGCGAGUUUGCUUGGCGUGCCAAAGCAACCUUUAAUAGAUGCUCUCACCAGGAAAACAUUAUUUGCUCAUGGGGAAACUGUGGUCUCUACUCUAUCAAGAGACCAGUCUGUUGAUGUCCGAGAUGCAUUUGUAAAAGGAAUUUAUGGCCGUCUAUUUGUUCUCAUAGUUAACAAAAUAAACAAUGCUAUAUAUAGGCCCAAAAAUUCUGCUCGGUCUGCAAUUGGUGUUCUUGAUAUCUUUGGAUUUGAAAAUUUUCACACUAAUAGCUUUGAGCAAUUUUGUAUCAACUAUGCCAAUGAAAAUUUGCAGCAGUUCUUUGUUCAACAUAUUUUUAAGCUUGAGCAAGAGGAGUACAACUUGGAAGCAAUCAAUUGGCAGCAUAUAGAAUUUGUUGAUAAUCAGGAUGCUCUAGAUCUUAUAGCAUCCAAACAGCUAAAUAUUAUGGCUCUAAUUGAUGAAGAGUCCAAAUUUCCAAAGGGAACAGAUCAGACUAUGUUGGCAAAACUUCACAAGACCCAUGGGAGCCACAGAAACUACUUGAAGCCAAAGUCUGAUAUUAACACAAGUUUUGGUCUGAACCACUUUGCUGGAGUUGUCUUUUAUGACACCAGAGGUUUUCUUGAGAAAAAUAGGGACACCUUCUCAGCAGAUCUGCUUCAACUUAUCCACAUAUCUAGCAACCGUUUUCUUCAACUCCUCUUUUCUGAUGAUAUUGGUAUGGGUUCAGAAACUAGGAAAAGGACACCAACUUUGAGUACACAAUUCAAGAAAUCACUUGAUUUGUUGAUGAAAACUCUUAGCAGUUGUCAACCGUUUUUCAUUCGCUGUAUCAAGCCAAAUGAGUACAAGAAACCUAUGAUGUUUGAUAGAGGCUUGUGCUGCAGGCAGCUCCGAUAUUCUGGAAUGAUGGAAACCAUACGCAUUCGUAGGGCUGGUUAUCCUAUCAGGCACAGUUUCACUGAGUUUGUUGAACGGUAUCGAUUCCUCAUUUCAGGCGUUCCUCCAUCUCACAAGACUGAUUGCCGAGCAGCUACUGCUCGAAUCUGCCAAGCUGUAUUGGGAAGAUCAGACUACCAACUAGGUCGAACCAAGGUAUUUCUAAAAGAUGCUCAUGAUUUGUAUCUUGAGCAAGAGAGAGACAGAGUCUUGACAAAAAAGAUUCUCAUCCUUCAGAAAACAAUUAGAGGAUGGGUCUACAGAAGAAGGUACCAGCGCUUAAGAGCAGCUGCUGUCACAAUUCAAAGGUUCUGGAAAUCACAUGCACAAAGGAGAAGAUACCUGAGGAUGAGAGUUGGAUACCAACGUUUACAAGCUGUGAUAAGAUCAAGGGUACUUUCUCAUCGGUUUAGACACUUGAGAGGUCACAUAGUAGCCCUACAGGCUAGGGCUAGAGGAUACUUGCUGCGCCGAGAAGUGCGUGCCAAGCGGUGGGCAAUUAUUAAAAUUCAGGCCCAUGUGCGCCGAAUGAUAGCUCAGAGACGCUAUCGCAAGCUUCAAUAUGAAUUCUCUCAAAGAAGGGAAGCUCAAAGACUUUUCCGUGAAGAGGAAAUGCAACUCAAACAACAAGGAGUUCCAAAUGCUACUGAGUUAGCCAGGCGUAACUACAAGAAACGACUUGAAGACCUCCAACUUGCCGUUGAGGAACAAAGGCUUGCUGCUCAAGCUCGUACUGAUGAAAGUAAACUAAUUAUUGACAAGGCCAUGCAACAACAGGAUAGGCCUCUGGAUGACAGCCAAGUAGUUGAUGAACUGUUUGGAUUUUUACCGAAGAGCUCCAGUGAAGUUCAGUCAUCUGCUUUGUCCCAGCCACCUUCAGCAUUCAAUGAUUUACCUGUUCCUAAGGCAGAUCAAACAGAAUUGAUCACUCCCAUGCAGAUUGUAAGUGAGGAUGAGGAAGAUCUCUCUGAGUACAAGUUUCAGAAAUUUGCAGCCACCUACUUCCAUCCAUCUGUUAAUCAUACCCACAGCAGAAAACCCCUCAAACAACCUUUACUUGGAUUACAAACUCAAGGUGAUCAGCUGGCAGCACAAGCUCUUUGGAUAACCAUUUUACGAUUUACUGGAGACUUACCAGAGCCAAGAUUUCACACAAUGGAUCGCGAUAACACCUCAGUAAUGAGCAAAGUUACUGCAACUCUAGGCCGAAACUUUAUUCGUAGUAAAGAAUUCCAGGAAGCUCAGCUCAUGGGAAUGGACCCGGUAAGUAAUGACUCGUACUUGAAGCAGAAGCCACGCUCCAUUAGGCACAAAUUAGUGUCGCUCACACUGAAGCGUAAACACAAGCUGGGAGAAGAUGUGCGCCGUCGAUUCCAAGAUGAGGAACAUACAGCUGACAGUUAUCAGAGCUGGCUUGAGGCUAGACCUACAUCAAAUCUGGAAAAACUGCACUUUAUCAUUGGGCAUGGUAUACUACGUGCUGAGUUAAGGGAUGAAAUUUAUUGCCAGAUUUGCAAGCAAUUGACAAACAAUCCGUACAAAUCGUCUCAUGCUCGUGGCUGGAUUCUUCUGUCUCUUUGUGUGGGUUGCUUUGCUCCCUCAGAGAGAUUUGUGAAUUAUCUAAGGGCAUUUAUUCGAGAGGGCCCUCCUGGUUAUGCUCCCUACUGUGAGGAGCGUCUGAAGCGGACUUUUAACAAUGGUACAAGAAAUCAACCACCAUCAUGGCUUGAACUACAGGCAACCAAGAGUAAAAAGCCUAUAAUGCUGCCAAUUACUUUUAUGGAUGGAAAUACCAAAACAUUACUGGCAGAUUCAGCCACAACAGCCAGAGAACUGUGCAACCAGCUGGCCGACAAAAUUGGACUUAAAGAUCAGUUUGGGUUUUCUCUAUACAUAGCACUUUUUGAUAAGGUGUCAUCUUUAGGAAGUGGAGGGGAUCAUGUAAUGGAUGCCAUCUCCCAAUGUGAACAGUAUGCCAAGGAACAAGGUGCUCAAGAGCGCAAUGCUCCUUGGCGUCUUUUCUUCCGUAAAGAAAUCUUUGCUCCAUGGCACGAACCUACAGAAGAUGCGGUUGCCACCAAUCUUAUUUAUCAACAGGUUGUAAGAGGUGUAAAGUUUGGAGAGUAUCGAUGUGAUAAGGAGGAAGAUCUAGCAAUGAUUGCUGCUCAGCAGUAUUUUAUUGAAUAUAACUCUGACAUGAAUUCCGAAAGGCUAUUAAACCUCCUUCCAAAUUACAUCCCUGAUUAUUGCUUGAGCAAUGCAGAGAAAAGUGUGGAACGCUGGAAACAGCUUGUGGUACAAGCAUACAAGAAGAGUUAUUAUUUAAAAGAGCAGGUUCCUGUGCUUCGAGUGAAAGAAGAUGUUGUCAGUUAUGCUAAAUUCAAGUGGCCUCUCCUAUUCUCACGCUUUUAUGAAGCUUACCGUAAUUCUGGACCAAAUCUUCCUAAAAAUGAUGUAAUUAUUGCUGUGAACUGGACAGGCGUGUACGUUGUUGAUGAUCAAGAGCAAGUGCUAUUGGAGCUCAGUUUUCCUGAAAUAACUACAGUAUCCAGCCAAAAAACUAAUAAGGUUUUCACACAGACUUUCACUUUGUCGACUGUCAGAGGGGAAGAAUUCACAUUCCAGAGCCCUAAUGCUGAAGAUAUUCGGGACUUAGUGGUAUACUUCUUAGAAGGCCUGAAGAAAAGAAGUACUUUUGUAAUUGCACUACAGGACUACAAAGCACCUGGAGAGGGAUCAACGUUCUUGUCCUUCCAAAAGGGAGAUUUAAUUUUAUUAGAAGAUGACAGCACUGGUGAAAAAGUGAUGAGUUCGGGAUGGUGUGCUGGACGAUGUGAGAGGACUACCGAAAGGGGAGACUUCCCAGCAGAAACUGUUUAUGUGCUGCCUGCCCUUAGCAAACCCCCCAAUGAUAUUCUUGCACUAUUUAGUUUGGAAGGAGCAGAACAUGGUCGAAAAUUAUAUCCAACCCAAGUCAAUGGCACAGAGCCAAGAGAGAAACCUCACAACUUAAUGGAAUACUCAUUAGACCAUUUCAGGACUCCUCCAAAACGCACCAUGUCCAAGGCUCUCACUCUAACAACUGCCAGGAGAGGAAAUGCGGAUGAACUUUGGCGACAUUCCCGUGAACCUUUAAAGCAGCCCCUAUUAAGAAAACUGCUUUCUAAAGAUGAACUAGCAGAAGAAGCUUGCUAUGCAUUUACAGCAAUGUUGAAAUAUAUGGGUGACUUACCCAGUAAAAGGCGUGUUGACACUGAUCAAAUAUUUGAUGGGCCAUUAAAGCAUGAAAUUUUGCGUGAUGAGAUAUACUGUCAGAUCAUGAAGCAGUUAACUGAUAACCGAAACCGUCUGAGUGAGGAAAGGGGAUGGGAACUCAUGUGGCUAGCAACUGGACUGUUUGCCUGUAGUCAGAGUCUCUUAAAGGAAUUAACUCAAUUUUUACGAUCCCGUCGACACCCUAUUUCUCAAGAUUCACUUCAGAGGUUGCAGAAAACAUUGCGAAAUGGUCAACGAAAGUAUCCACCCCACCAGGUUGAAGUCGAAGCUAUACAACAUAAAACAACACAAAUAUUUCAUAAAGUUUAUUUCCCAGAUGAUACAGAUGAGGCAUUUGAAGUAGACUCAUCAACUAGAGCAAAGGAUUUCUGUCAAAAUAUCUCUCAGAGGUUGAACUUACGCUCCAGUGAAGGCUUUAGUUUGUUUGUUAAAAUAGCAGACAAAGUUAUAUCUGUACCUGAGGGUGAUUUCUUCUUUGACUUUGUCAGACAUCUAACUGACUGGAUCAAAAAAGCACGACCGUCAAGAGAUGGAGUCACUCCCCAAUUUACUUAUCAAGUAUUCUUCAUGAAAAAGCUCUGGACCAAUACUGUCCCUGGGAAGGACCGAAAUGCAGACCUUAUUUUCCAUUUCCAUCAGGAGCUGCCAAAACUCCUCAGAGGAUAUCAUAAGUGUAGUAAAGAAGAGGCAGCUCGUCUUGCCGCUCUUGUUUAUAGAGUCCGGUUUGGAGAAAGUAAACAUGAAUUGCAGUCCAUUCCGCAAAUGGUGAGAGAACUUGUGCCAGCUGACAUGAUUAAGAUGCAAAGCACUAGUGAUUGGAAGAGAAACAUUGUGGCUGCCUACAAUAGUGAUGCUGGUAUGAGCCCUGAAGAUGCUAAGAUUACAUUUUUGAAGAUCAUUUACCGCUGGCCAACUUUUGGAUCUGCGUUCUUUGAAGUGAAACAGACCACUGAGCCAACUUGUCCAGAAAUGCUUUUGAUUGCCAUAAAUAAGCAUGGUGUUAGUCUAAUAAAUCCAGUAGACAAGGAAAUAAUUGUAACUCAUCCAUUUACGCGUAUUUCAAAUUGGUCAUCAGGGAAUACAUAUUUCCAUAUGACAAUAGGGAACUUGGUUCGCGGGUCCAAACUCCUUUGUGAAACGUCAUUAGGAUACAAAAUGGACGACUUAUUGACUUCAUACAUUUCUUUGAUGCUUACGAAUAUGAACAAGCAGCGUUCGUUGAGAAUUAAGUAAUCUUUCACUUCCUUUUUGUGGUUUGAGGUGCAUUUUUAACAUGCAUUUCAAGUCAUUAAACCUGAUGAAUUUUUCUAUAACUCAUAUCCCUAUUUAAGAGGGUUCUUUGGAACAGUUGCAUUUGCUGCAUUCUGAGGCAUUUUCAGUUGCAAAGGAAACUGUCCUCUGGAAAACUGUGCUGUGACCGCUGGCUGUCUAUUUAAAGCGGAAUGUUAAAUCAAAAUUUCCUUUGCAAAUGACAAUGCUUGUACAUAGGCUUUUUUCACCAAUGUUUGUAAUGGUAUGUUACGUACAUUGGCGUACUGAUUGACUGAUAAGUUUGUGUCAUGACAAUUGUAAUUCAAUUAUUGGUGGGUUCUGGUUUUGGCAAUGAAUUAAUUACUGAUUAUGGAUGACAGUAAUUGAGGGAAAGCAAAUAUUUAGCUCCUCUCUUCUCCUGCACACAACAGAAAAGAGAGCCUGAUUAGUUGCCAUGGAAAGUUUGUACAUAGCAGUAUUACAUUUUGAAUUUCAUGGUUAGAGUAGCUUUCAAGCCUCUAGUCAUGGUCAUAGCAAAAUUGCCAACAAAUGUGUAAUUUUAAUCAUGAUAUGUAUAAAGAAGCAUGAAAGAUAGUCAUUUCAUCAUUAUAUUGUACAGGUUAAUUAAGACAAUUAUGCUCAAAUCAUUUAUAUUGCAUAUAAUUUAUGACCGUCCAUAUCCAGUCUUCCUCAUCCUGGUUUUAAGAAAGAUAUAUUUUCUUCAAUUUGUAAUUAUUAUAUUGUUCUUAUUUAAGUUUAUGAAAAAUUGUAGAUUCUUUUUAUUGUGACAAUGAAGUUGAUUAUUAUAGUG